AUGAAGACAACACCACCACCCUCUUAUUCUUAUCACACACACUCCUUCUUCUUAACCGUCAUUCUCAUCAUAACCGCCGCAAAUGCCAUCGGCUCCGCAUCCACCACCGCCGUCAUCUACGCCUCAUCUACAGUCUGCGCCAUCGUUGCCGGCAACGACAAACAAUACAUCCACUGCUACCAACAAAACCAGCACAAGAAUUCUCAUUAUUAUUAUGGAGAUGUUGCACCGGUGGAUGAGGUGGUUCCACACGUGUCCUUUGAAUCCAUCUCCGGCGGUCGAAACUUCUUCUGCGGUCUCCGGUCCGGUGGACUCAGCCUUCUUUGUUGGGACGUGUACGGCAGAGCAUCGGUGUUGGUGUCGAAGAGGAUCUUCCACAGUAAAAUAGUGCAGUUAACCGAUCUAACUGUUGGUGAUUCUCAGGUUUGUGCUAGAGAGUCUCAAUCUGGUGUGGUAAGGUGUUGGAGAGGAGGCCGCAUUGAAAAUGGAUUCAAAUUUUACUCACCUGGUAAGGACCUUAGGUUCAAAAGCAUCACUUCAGGGUCUGGUUUCUCUUGUGGGGUAUUAAUGGAUAAUGGAAAGGUUCAUUGUUGGGGUAACAACAAUAGUAGUCAAAUUCAAGCACAAUUUGAUAAUAUUUCUAUGUCAAAGGUGAUUGCUGGGGUGUCACAUGUUUGUGGCUUAACAAUCUAUGAUGGGUUCUUAAUUUGCAAAGGGAACAAUGAUUCAGGCCAAUUGGGUCCUAAUUUAAAUUCAAGUUCUUAUUAUUCAGAGUUUUCAGGACUUGCAUUGGGAGAAGAUUUCACUUGUGGUAUUAGAAGAAAAAAUGGAUUUGUCCUAUGUUGGGGUGGUGCUGAAAAUACCAAAAACUGGUUUGGAUUUUGUUUGUGGGGUAACAACCAUGAAUUUGUCUUUGAUUUGUUGGGUCCUGGUUGGUCUAAUAAUAAUGGUACUAAUUAUGAGAUUCCAUUGGGAAUUGUUCUUCCUAGUCCAUGUGUUAGAGGACAGUCAAAUUCCACUAGCUAUGCCAUUGAUUCUACCACCACCACUACCAUCAUCAACACAAGUUUCUAA